GGAAUCAAUUCCUCGACUUGGCAGACCUUCCCGAGGUUCCGAUGGACGACGUCGACUCCAUCAUCAUCACGGGUGAAAGUGACUGGACCAUCUAUUCGCUUCCAAACUUCAUCGGGAUACAGCGAUGCCUAGAGACCUGGCCUGGAAUGCUCGUGGGCUUUUUCCCGAACCUCUCCGAUCUCGAGAUGAACUCGGUCAGGUCCUUCCGGGAAGGUUGCUUCGACGACGAGAAGAUCCAGCAUCGCUCGGACCGACACGGCGAGGUCGUCAUGGAAAAGGAGUGA